AUGCUUAUGAAUGUAAUAAAUCUAAGAGCCCCUACAUCUGAUAAAACCGAUUCGAUUUCUUUGACAAACGACCAAAAAGUAACAUCAUAUUCUAAUCAGUCAGAUGAUAUUUUAUUUGUGGAAUCUCAUCUUGUUAAUCGUGGUUCGGUGAAACAUAAAAAAUCCAAGAGCACUAAAAGAAAACAUAAAAAAUCACACAAAAAACGACAUAAGAAGGAUAAGAAAAUUUCUCGUAAAACAUCAAUCUCUUCUUCUGGCUCUUCGAACUCAAGUUCUUCUGAUAGUUGUGAUUAAUAUUUCACCAUUGUCCAAUUUGUAUAUAAGUGACUUUUUUUUGAUGAUACGUUUUUUACCACGUUUGGCUCCCACUGUUACUACUGCUACAACAACAACAACAACAACUACUACUCCUACUGUCAUCACAAUAUUUUCUUGGUAAUCUUCGCUUUCUUUUUCUGGGCAUAGAAAAUUCUGGCUAUCUUUCUGCGCCCACAUAAUAAACUUGUGUAUAUUCCUCUUGAAACAAACACUUUUAUCUUUAAUUCAAUUUUCGUUCAUUAUUUUGCACCGGAAGAUUUAUACAGUUUUUUUUGGUUUUGGUUACACCGCUUGUAUAUGUGUAUAGAGAUGAGAUUUUGGCUAGUGAAAUGAUAGAUGAUUUUAUACUAAGUGGAUAAAGAAAAGAGAUAGUUUUAUUCGUCAAAACCAAUAUAUAUUCUAGUUUGUGCAAUUUUUUUAUUGUGUGUUUUUCCUAAUGUCCAUUCUUCUCUACCGCAUUACUCUGGAUGAAUAAC